AUGCUGGCACAGCGGUAUCCAGAUGCGUAUGACGGCAUUGCUGCAUCGGCGCCUGCCCAGUCCUGGACUAGGCUCACGUCUGGGCUAUACUAUCCGCUUCUCAUGAAGAUCUGGCAUGAUGUGGACCCGCUAGCAUGCGAGCUUAACUUCCUGACUGAGAGCGCGGUAGCAGAGUGUGACCCCAAGGACGGCUUGAGGGAUGGUCUUAUCUCCAACUUCGAGACGUGCGACUACAGCCCGUACUCGUCCGUGGGCAGGCCCUUCUUCUGUGGAUCCCUCAACCGGACAAUCCCCCUCACCUACGGUGCUGCCCUGAUUGCUGAUGCUGCCUGGUCUGGCCCGCGUACAGACGACGGCGAGCAACUGUGGUAUGGUGUUUACCCUGGCGCCGACAUCAGCAGCUUAGGCUCGGUACCUGGCCAAAACACCACAUCUUCAGACUCGUGGUUUAAUCUGUUCAUUGCACGCAAUGCAAGCUUCGACGUUACUACGCUGACCCGGGAAGAGUAUUUUGAGUUCUUCCACCUCGCUGUACAGCAAUACAGCAAUACCAUGGACGCAGCGGACCCUGACUUGACUGCGUUUCGCAAUAGAGGAGGCAAGAUGAUUGCAUACCAUGGAAUGGCCGACGAAAGCAUCCCCACCAAGGGCACAGAAUUCUACUACGACUCCGUAAGCCAAACCGACCCAGGAGUCCAUGAAUACUAUCGCUUCUUCGAAGCACCCGGUCUGGCCCACUGCGCUGGUGGUAAGGGUGGACAGCCCACCACCACGUUCGAUGCGCUCCGGCGGUGGGUGGAGAAUGGCACCGCUCCAGAGUCUCUACCUGUCGAAUACGGCGCCGCUAAUGGGACAAAGAACGCCCGGAUUCUGUGUCCAUACCCCGCGAAGGCGAGGUAUAUCGGAGGGGAUGCGUCCGUGGCUGAGAGCUUCCGCUGUUCUGUGGACUAA